UCAGCUGUCUGGAUUUCGCUGUUCAGCAAAGAGGAGUGAAUGGAGCUGCGGAGGAGGACAAGCUUUGGAAUGCAUCUGGCCAUUAAAACAGCGUUUUAUUCAGGGUUGUGCAAGUGUUAGGAGCUGCUUCCCAAAGAGCCAGCUGGGCACCAUCCCACUGUAGGAUGCUUCGCAAUGCCCUAGGAAAAACCUUCCGAUUUCUGGGGUACACGGUGCAAUAUGGCUGCAUAGCACACUGUGCCUUUGAGUACCUUGGAGGAAUUGUUGUGUGUUCUGGACCUUCCAUGGAACCAACCAUUCAGAACUCUGAUGUUGUCUUUUCAGAGAACCUCAGCCGCCACUUUUACUGCAUUCGAAAAGGAGAUAUUGUAAUUGUGAAAAGCCCAAAUGACCCCAAAUCAAAUAUCUGUAAAAGAGUAAUUGGCUUGGAAGGGGAUAAAGUCUGCACAAGCAACCCUUCAGAUUUCCUUAAGAGUCACAGCUAUGUGCCUAAAGGACACGUGUGGUUAGAAGGUGAUAAUCUCAGGAAUUCUACAGAUUCCAGGUGCUACGGACCUGUUCCUUAUGGGCUGAUAAGAGGACGCAUUUGUCUUAAGACCAUCCUACGUGUAAUGAAUGACUGUGCAGAGCCAAGUACUCCUGGGAGCAUUGAGUACAUGAACAGCUCUACAGGUAAUUUCUGGAGAGAUUUGUUUAUUGGUCAGCAUCACUCUCUGACACCUGUACUUGGUGAUGAGUUGUGCUCUUUUGGAAAUAACUGUCCCUUCUGAGAGGAGCCUCAUCCAGAGCCUGGGUGGUGGCAGGCACUCCACCCCUUCAUUCCUGUUUGUUUAAGUUUGUUUAAGUUUGCCUGUAGCCAACAGAUCUUUUUUUCCAAGGUUUGGUAUUUCCAGUUCAAAGGCACAUCUUGAAAAUACAAAUAAAAUAAAAAUACACCUCACCAUGGCGAGGUACAUGUGAGUGAUACUUUUUUCUCCUAGAUGGACCAAAAAACACUUACCUUGUCUUUAAAGUCAUUAAGAGUUUUACAAGCUAGAAAACACCGAAUUGGAAAGACACUCUUUAGGAACAUAUUUAUUUCCAAGGGUGAAAAAAGCAAUUGAAUUCAUGAGGCUCUCCAUAGCAAAGCAUAUCUCCUGUAUAAAUUGCAAAAUUCACACUAUGGAAUGAUUCCCUGUAAUACACAGGAUUUAUUAAUCCUAGUAAGAGAAGCACUUCAGUGAGCAAAGUUCUUUACCACAGAGAGAAAAAAUUAUAAAGAAAAUUAAGAGGAAAAAAAGUUAUUACAUUAUGAAACAAUUCCAGUAACAAAUGAAAACACUGAACUUUGGAUUAUGAUUA